UCCAGUCUUGUAUAUAAAUAUACACAUACAAUGCAUCAUCCAUAGAUCUCUUACUAAACAAAAUUUCUUACCCAACUCUUCAAAGCAACCAACCUGAACUACCAGAGACUAGCUAGGACAAGUUUUAUGGAGGGACCAAAUAGGAGGAGCAACAGCCAAGCACAAGAUGACAAGCAAGCUCGCUUCCGAGGCGUACGGAGGAGGCCGUGGGGCAAAUUUGCAGCAGAGAUUCGAGACCCAUCAAGAAACGGUGCCCGCCUCUGGCUUGGGACAUUUGAGACCGCUGAGGAUGCUGCACGGGCGUAUGACAGAGCCGCCUUCAACCUUAGAGGUCAUCUUGCUAUACUUAACUUCCCUAAUGAGUAUUAUUCGCGCAUGGAUGACUGUGCGCUUCGCCCUCCUUAUUCUUCUUCUUCAUCUUCGGGUUCAACUUCUACGGGCGUGAGUCGACAAAAUCCAAGGGAAGUUUUUGAGUUUGAGUAUUUGGAUGGUAGAGUUCUUGAAGAACUUCUUGAUUCAGAAGAAAGGAAGAAACGUUAGUUUUGUUUUCUUUAUUUUAUGUGGCAUUGUGGUGGCUUAGCUACGUGUAUUAUGUGCAUGUAGGUUGGUUAUUUAGUAGUACUUAUUUUGGAAUUUUGAUAACGUGCUACGGUCAUAAAUUGUAAGAUAGGGGUACUUUGCGUUUCCAUGAAAUAUGAUGUUUUAAGUAUUUUGCGCUUAA